AUGGAUAGUAAGUUAAGGCAGAAGCACAGAAAUAUUCUCAAAAACUUCGAUAAGCAAUAUAAGAACAAAGAUCAGGACUUCUCUAAGCUAAAAAACCAUAUUAAUUCUCAGAUUGAGAAGAAAGAAUUCAGCCGAAAGCGGUCAACAGAUUGCUUAUACAGAACAAGCAAUACAAGUCCUGUUCUGCUUGAAUUCAAGCAGUUGAGGAGGCAGAUACAUUGACAAAAGCCGAAGAAGAACAUGACCAGGAAAUUAAUAGAUCAUAAUAACCAUAAAUUCUUGAGCAUCUGAUCACCGAACGAAGAGCUGAUAAAUUUGCUAAAAUAAGGAGAAGAAAUCAGCCAAUAAUUAUACUAAAGUGAUGAAGGAAGCCCACCGGAGUUCUUCCCAAACAAUUGUGCAUGAGAAGUUCAAGACCAAGAGAAGAGGUCGUGAGAAUUACUCCUCUAUAUUGAACAACAUAGAUGGCUCAACAGGAGGGAAGUACUCAGAAAAGCGUGAGGAGAAAAUGCCUAUUCAGCAUAACGGCCUGCUUACCAACAAGAGGCGUAUUAAGGAGUUCACACCUGUGAUGCAAAGAGAAAACAGGAUUAGAAAUAAUCGGUUCAGCUCAGUUAGCCGCCACUAUUCUACCAAAAAUGAACAGAAGUUACCUGAAUAUACUAACUUGGAGGAGGCCAAGGGAAGGAGAGAAAAGGAACUCCAUGAAUUCACACCAGUCAGGAGCUAUAAUAACAAGGUGAAGAAUUUCACCCAUGCCAAAAGGAGUGUUAAUUUGGGUAAAGAAGAAGUAAAGAAAUUAGGGAAGAAUUCUACUUUAAUAAUGGUCUCCCAAAGCACAGAUGUGAAAGUUAUAAAUAAAGGGAACCCUGAUAAUGAAGAUCUGAGAGAGUUUAAAAAGAAGAAUAAAAAGGAAUCUCAAAAUGAACUUGAUAAAUUAAAUGAUUCUGAUUCAGUUAUUAACAUGUCCAAUUUGCCUGCUAUUAAACUACCUGUAAAGAAGGAGUUUUCAAAAGUCAGACAAAGGCCUGAAAAUACUCGAAUGCUCAAAAUUUCACAACCAAGAUUCUCGAAUAACAGUUUGAACUCAAAGAAAUCAUUUACUAAAGCUUGGGCUAAAAAGACAGAGAAGAGGAGUAUGACUAAGUUUGAAGAACUGAUGGCAUUCUCUUUUGGGAACCAUAAGAUCCCCAAUAUCAAUUCUAAGGGAGUUAAGCACCGAGUCAAGUUCUCACUUCCUAUUGUCAAAUAAAGCAACAGGAGGAGGGGCUAAAGUUUUCCCUUCUGGAUUUAUUAGGGUAAUAUUUCAUCAAAAUAAAAGUAUUCUCGGUCAAAUCGUGCUAUAA